GUUCACUUGACGCAACGUCUGCUUGCAUAGUAUGCACACGCAAGACUUACUGAAUUUUCGUAUACUUUUCUUCUAACCAAACGCGCCCCUUCAACGAAUUCUCAUCGGAUAAGUGCCAAGUAAGCGUUUAAUGGACUAAAACGUCCCAAUUUCAAGCUGAGUGGAAGUCAUUUGGAUUUGUGUUAACGCUUCCCAGGCGUACUUAACUUAGUUUUAUUUAGCUUAGCUCGCUAGCCAAGACACGGUGUUCUCCAAAAAUGUGCUACGCACGCGAAACGUCCAACAAGAGGCAAACUUGACACUCAAGUACUGCCUUGCAGCUUGUUUUUUCAGCUUGUAUUGUUUGAGAAAACGAAAAAUCAAUUGAUCAAGCGAUCGGUUACUCUGGGACGUGUAUGUCAUUGUUGGGAUACGCCGCCAUGUUGAAAAUAACACGUACUUCCGUUCCGGGGCUAGUUUCUUCGUUGUAGUCAAAAGAAAACAUGGGUGCGUAUUGUUGUGUCACUGGGUGCCACAGCGUCUCCCACAACACAAAAGGGGUGAAGAAAACUGCACUCACUUUUCACCGCUUUCCUGCAUGGAGGACCAAUGGAGGUGACGUAAUAUCAGAGAUCACAAAGGCACGACGGAUGGCUUGGGUCGCGGCGGUUCGUCGGAGAAACAUAACAUUUGACCACAUUUCUGCUGGAAUGAGAGUGUGUUCCCGUCAUUUCCACUCUGGUAAACCUGCAUAUGAAAUGCUGACAACCCAUCCGGAUUGGGCACCAUCUCGCUUCUUGGGUCAUUCUGAGGUCAAGCGCACCACAUCGGAGUGUGACGAAAGAACAUCUUCAUCCUUGGACGCACGAUACCACCAGGUCAAACAGGAGUCGGAGAUGCCGGACAUCAAACAAGAGGCGGAAGAAGAAGAACCGGAAGACGAAAGCACCACAUUUCCAAUGACUGUCAUCGUAAAGAUGGAAGAAGAUGAAGGUCCAAGCGAAGAGGGCGAAACGGCGAAACCCUCAAGCCACAGCUCGUUUCAACACCUGACAACAAAAGAUGUCACUGUAGAAGACCUUCACCCUGAGAAGCAUCCCAGCCAUGUCAAAGAGGAUUUGGAGUCGGAGACUCUCAGCAUUAAAGAAGAAGAACAGGAAGAUGAAAUAACGAUGCCUCCAAUGACUGUCAUUGUCAAAAGUGAAGAAGAUGAAGGUCCAAGCGAAGAGAGCGACUCAGCGGAACUUUCGAGCCACAGCUCGUUUCAACACCUGACAACAAAAGGUGUGGGCCGUUCGCAACCGGACGGCCUCUUAACUCAGCCAUCGGACAGCGAUGACAUAACAUCACACUCUUCUGACUACAACACUGAUGAGGAUGUUGACUCUGACCAAAAGUCUUCGAAAUCCUUAACCAAGUCAUCAUUGAAAAGAGAGACAAAAGAACGCAUGGGUGGGAAACGUUUUGCCUGCUCACUUUGCAAAAAAAAGUUUACUUGGAAGCAUCAAUUAAAAAUGCACACAAGAACACACACUGGCGAAACACCUUUUUCCUGCUCACUUUGCGAGAAAAAGUUUUGUCGGAAGCAUCAUUUGACAAGACACACACGUACACACACUGGAGAAAAGCCUUUUCCCUGCAAACAUUGUGGUAAAAUAUUCGCCCACAAGGGAAAUUUAAAAGCACACAAAAGAAUACAUACUGGAGAGAAGAGUUUCGCCUGCUCAAUUUGUGAUAGAAAAUUUUCUGAGAAGAUGUAUUUAACAACGCACAUGAGGACGCACACUGGAGAAAAGCCUUUCCCUUGCUCAGUUUGUGGUAAAAGCUUCCGUCAGAAGACAAGUUUAAACAGACACGCUAGAGCACACACUGGAGAGAAGCCUUUCGCCUGCUCACUUUGCGAUAAAAGAUUUUGUCGGAAGUAUCACUUGACAAGACACACACGUACACACACUGGAGAAAAGCCUUGUCCCUGCAGAUAUUGUGGACAAAUAUUCAUGAACAAGGGAAGUUUAAACACACACAAAAGAAUACACACCGGAGAGAAGUGUUUUGCUUGCUCAAUUUGUGAUAAAAGAUUUGAUCUGAAGAUAUAUUUAACAACGCACAUGAGGACACACACUGGGGAAAAGCCUUACCCCUGCUCAGUUUGUGGUAAAAGCUUCAGUCAGAAGGCCGCUCUAAACAGUCACACAAGAACACACACUGGAGAUAAGCCUUUCACCUGCUCAGUUUGUGGUAAAAGCUUCAGUCAGAAGGCAGCUUUAAACAGUCACACAAGAACACAUUCUGGAGAGAAACCCUUUCCCUGCUCAGUUUGUGGUAAAAGCUUUCGAUAUAAGGCAGGUUUUAAUAAACACGCAAGAGCUCACACUGGAGAGAAGCCUUUUGCAUGCUAGGUUUGUGAGAAAAGAUUGUCAGAACUUAACACACAUGAGUAAGCUGGGGGGAAACCUUUUACCUGCUCCGUAUGCGAGAAAAGAUUUACAGUCCCUUGUUUUUUGCGGUUAAUGAGGACCAGAACUCGCCACGUUAAUUGAAAAACCGCCACGCCCUCCCAAAAAAAUAAAAAAUUGUCAGUACACAACUUAUUCCAGUGAAAUUGUUGUCCUGGUCACAUUUUUGGUUUUUUUGAAAGUGCAUCUUUUUCCUUUCUGUGUGAUUUUGUGUUUGAGACUUUUUGUUCAAAAUAAAUUGAGACCACCUCUGCAACUGGUUCCUUGGCCUUUCUUGACCGUCCCAU